GAUCUGGAGAAGGAGCAGCCAUGAGACCCUUUACUCCUCUCACCUGCAUUCAACUCCUCCAGCUCUCCUUCGCCUCUCUUUUCUUCUUUACCCUCCUCCUUCACACCCUCCUAUCUGGCACCCCCUUCACCUACCUCUUCCGUCUCCUCUCCGCCGCCCCCACCUCUGUCUCUCUCUCCUGCGCCUGGUGUUUACUUCUCUCUCUUUUCUACUUUUACUCUACGCGCCCACGUCCUGUUUUGCUUCUCAACUAUGCCUGCUUCAAGCCGGCAAGCGACCGCCGAUGUACCCUCGAGGUCUCUGAGUACUUUCUUCGCCGGAGCCACAGCUUCUCUGCCGAGAGUGAAGCCUUCAUGCGCGGCAUCUACCUCAAGUCCGGUCUCGGCGACGAGACUUAUGCACCAAAGUUCUUCUUCGAGGAAAGCUGUGAACCCAAGUUCGAAUACGCCGUCGAUGAGGCCCGAGAAGGGAUGUUAUCGGCCAUCGAUGCGCUUCUCUCCAAGACCCGGAUAGACGCGCGUAGAAUCGACGUGGUCAUCAUCACCUCCGGUAGCUUCUCGCCGUCGCCAUCGCUUUCGUCCCUCGUAGUCAACCAUUACAAGCUCAAACCGGAUGUGAAAACUUUCAACCUCAGCGGCAUGGGUUGCAGCUCUGGCUUGAUCUCUAUCGACUUAGCGGCGAAGAUACUCCGCGCCAGCCGCAAGUCUCUCUACGCCCUUGUCGUCGUCACCGAGAGCAUCAGCCUGAACUGGUACGGCGGCAACAACCGCUCCAUGCUUGUCACCAACUGCAUCUUCCGAGUCGGCUGCGCCGCCGCGCUCAUGACGAACGACCAGAGUCUCCGUCGAGUCGCCAAGAUGGAACUCACCCACUCCCUCCGAACCCACCAUGGCGCCGACGACAGCGCCUACAGAGCUGCAUUCCAACAAGAGGACGACAACGGCACCACCGGAGUCGCGCUCACCAAAGACCUCAUUCGAGUCGCCGGCGUCAACCUUCACCAUCACAUCAAACAACUCGCACCCCGAGUCCUCCCACUGGGUCAGCUCGCUCAUUAUCUCUACUCAGUCAUAACCUCUACAAUCUCCGGCGGAGAGUCCAAACCCAUUGUCCCUGACUUCACCACUGCUUUUGAGCACCUAUGCAUUCACACUGGUGGGAAAGCGGUGAUAGAGCAGGUGGGGCGAGUUCUAAAGCUCAGUGACUCAGUGACUGAGCCGGCUCGUAUGAGUCUGCACAGAUUCGGGAACACGUCGAGUAGCCUGGUGUUCUACGAACUGGCAUAUUUUGAAGCGAAAGGGAGGGUGAAGAAAGGUGAUAGGAUGUGGAUGCUGGCGUUUGGGACUGGGUUCAAGGUCUGCAGUUUGGCGUGGAAAUGCCUGAGGGACUCUCCUGAGGAUUAUGAUAAUCCAUGGAGAGAUUGCAUUCACAGAUACCCAGUCACGGCAUGGUAACAAAAUAAUCAUAUUUUUUAUUUUUAUUUUUGGAAAAUAAUAUUUUCAUUUUUUUUCUUUUUUUCAAAAUAAAAAAUCUUUUUCCGGAAAAGAAAAUUUUAUGAAUAUUAUUUGGCUUUUGUAAAAUGAUGGGUGAUUAUUGAUGACUUAAAAUAUGAUAUGGAAAAAAAAAUUAUUUCAUCAUAUUUUUAACCUCUAAUCAAUUACCUAUCACAUCAAUUUAUAAAAAGUGAUGCAUAUAGUAUUAUUUUCGGUUUUUUUCUUUUUUUUCUUUUUAUUUUUUAUGAAAAAAUGUAAUCCUUUUUUUUUUCUUUUUCUUUUUUUUUUUAAGAAAAAUUGUAAUCCCUUGUAGCCCUAAGAGUGAAACCUAGUUUAGCUGUGGUUGAUUUGGAUGGAAGAUAUUGGUCACGUGACAAGUUUGGGUUGUAA